UUAUUUUGCAUUAAGUUAAACAUAAAAACUUUUCUCAUAAAGUUGUUGUAGUAGAGGAUUGUGAAAUUUAAGGUAGGCUGUAGUUUAUGUGCAUGUUCGUCACUUAAACCUCCGCUGCGACGUGAGCUUCUUUCCACGGCGGCGCGUCUACCCUAAAGUUCGGACUAUGAGCGCACUGUUUUUUCUCGCCUUCUCUUUUGACGGAGGAAGAAGCAGCGACUAAUGACGGAGACGCCAGACACGUGAAAACCAGCAGUGGCAUCAUGGCAGCUGCAGCAUCAGUGCGUGAGCUGAGCGUGGUGCUGCUGGGGAACAGCUGGCCUCUGAGGAGGCAGGUGGGGAACGUGCUGCUGGGAGAGACUGUGUUUGACGCUCAUGAAGCUCCAGGUCACUGUCUGAGGGUCAGUGGACCCAUAGAGGAGAAAAAGAUGGUGGUCGUCAUCACCCCAGACCUGCUGCAUCCUGACGUCUCUGAGGACAAACUGACUCAACUUGUAGAACACUGUGCUCCAGGACCUCACGUGUUCCUGCUGGUUCUGCAGCCUGAAGACCUGACUGAGCCUCAGUCUGAGAGGCUUCGGUCCGUCCUUCAACGGUUUGGGGAUGGAUCAUUUGCUCGUUCACUGGCUCUGAUAUCGGCAUCCGGAGAAGAGAGCGACCUGCAGCGUCGCCUGAUCACAGACCUGAAGAACAGAUGUAGACACAGUUUGGUUUGGAAGGAAGAACAUCAACGUCCAGAGCUGUUGGAGAUCAUGGAGCAAACAGUGAAGGAGAACGAUGCAGACAGUGAAAGUCUGGAACAAGGAGAAGCAGCCGAUGUUGGAACCACUGGAGGUUUCUGGAAUUUUGGACGUAAAUGGUUCGCCCCUAUAACGUCAUACAUCCCAUCAUCAGUGAAGAGAACAACUCCUCAGUUUUCUGACCUCAGGAUUGUGUUGGUGGGAAAAAGUGAAGAGAAAAUAAUAAGCCUCUGUAACUUCAUCAUUGGAAAUCAAGUUUUUCAUCCAAAACUACCCUCAUUCAGACCAUCAUCGUGUGUAGCUGUCUGUGGAAACUGGAGAGGAAAAUCAGUAACUGUGGUCCAAACCCUGGAUCUGUUCAGUUUGUCUGAGGCGGCGCUGAGAGAACAGGUGAAGAGCUGCACCAGACGUUGUUCACCAGGACCAAAUGUUCUGCUGCUCUUAGUGAAACCAUCUGAGUUUAAGAAACAGGACCAUUCCAAACUGAAGCUCAUCCUCAGUUUGUUUGGUCAAAAUGCUAUAAAACACUCAAUAAUCAUCACAACAGGCAAGAAGGAAGAAGCUGGAUUCACUGAGCUGCUCCAGGAAUGUGGAGGACGACGAUACGACAUGUCAGACAAAGACCAUCAACGGCUGAUGGAGCUGAUCCAGAAAACUGCUGAUGAGAACAGAGGAACCAUCCUCACCUUUACUGAAGAGACCACAAGACCAGAACCUGACCCAUUCACACCAGUUCUGAACCUCGUUCUGCUGGGUAGCAGAACUAGGCCCGCAGCCGAGGCCAUUCUGGGUCAGACUGCGCUGGGUUCAGCCUCCAGCUCCUCCCACUGUGUCAAACGUCAGGGAGAGGUGUGUGGACGUCGGGUUUCUCUGGUGGAGCUGCCUGCGUUGUCUGGAAAAGCUCCGGAGACGGUGAUGGAGGAGUCGUUCAGGUGCGUCUCCCUCUGUGACCCUGAGGGCGUCCAUGCCUUCCUCCUGGUCCUGCCUGUGGCUCCCCUCACUGAUGAAGACAAGGCAGAGCUAGAGAGCAUCCAGAACACGUUCAGCCCUGGAGUCAAUGCCUUCACCAUGAUCCUGUUCACUGUGGAAUCACAUCCACAUCCAGCUGUUGGUGACGGAGACGUCCAGGAGCUGAGUCAGAGAUGUGGAGGAAGACGCUUUAUUCUCAACCUCAGGGACAAGCAGCAGAUCCCUGAGCUGAUGGAAGCUGUGGAGAAGAUAAGACAGGCCACAGAUAAACCGUCAAGCUAUACAACAGCCUUGUUUGCACAUACGCACGUUAACAAAAUCUCCAGGCUACAGGCUGAACUCGAUAAGCUGAGAUCUGGAAACAUGAAUUGUGAUGAAGAGGAACAGAACCCAGAGUCUCUGAGGAUUGUGCUGAUAGGGAAGACUGGCAGUGGAAAGAGCUCCUCAGGAAACACUAUCCUAGGAAGGAGAGAGUUUAAAUCCAUGACAAGUCAAACAUCAGUCACCAAAGAAUGUCAGAAAGCUCAGGGUGAGGUGGACGGUCGUCCUGUGGUUGUGGUCGACACUCCUGGUCUGUUUGACACCACUUUAUCCAAUGAAGAGGUUAACGAGGAGCUGCUUAAAUGCAUCAGUCUCUUGGCUCCAGGGCCACACGUCUUCCUGUUGGUGGUACAGAUUGGUCGAUUCACACCAGAGGAGCAGAAGACCUUAAAACUUAUUAAAGACAGUUUUGGAAACAGUUCAGAAAAGUUCACCAUCGUUCUUUUAACUGGAAAAGAUAAACUGGACAAUGAUCAAGUGUCCGUUGAUGAGUACAUGAUGGAAGGACAUGAUUCCUUCAAGAAGUUGAUCGCUGACUGUGGAGGAAGAUUUCAUGUGUUUAAUAACUGUGAUAAACAAAACCGUGAACAAGUCACUGAGCUGAUGAACAAGAUCGACACCAUGGUGAAGAAAAAUGGAGGCAGCUGCUUCACCAACCAGAUGCUGCAAGAGGCUGAAGCAGCGAUAAAGAAAGAAGUGGAGAGAAUCCUGAAGGAGAAAGAAGAAGAGAUGCAGAGAGAAAAGGAAGAACUGGAAAGGAAACUAAAAAUAACAGCCGAGGAACAAAAAGCACAAAUUGAACAUGAGAGAAAACUGAAAGACAGAGAACUUAAAGAUUUAAAGGAAAACAUUGACAGGGAGCGUGCAGAGAGAAAGAGUGAACAGGAGAAGAGAGAAGCUGAAGAGAAAGAAAGGAAAACUCAAGAAGAACAUCAGCAACAGGAGUGGAAAGAAAAACUAGAAGCCUUAAAGAAACAGGUCAAAUCUGAAUCAGAGCUGGAGGAACGAAGGGAGGCGAUUAGAAAAGAGCAAGAGGAGUGGGAGAAAAAACAAAGAGACUGGUGGGAAGAACGAAAACUAGAAGAUGAACGCAGACAACAGAAGGAGAAAGAACUUAAAGACCUUGUGGAACAAUAUGCUCAAGAGAAGGAAGAAUCUGAGAGGAAAAGAAAAGAAGAGGAUGAAAUACGAAAGCAACAGGAGGAAAAGGAGCGAAAAGAACUGGAGGAGACAUAUAAGAUGAAACUGGAGAAGAUGAGAAAGACUUAUGAAGAGGAGGCCAGGAGGCAGGCUGAAGACCACAAUGAAUUUAAAGUCAAAUACAGAAACGAUCUAGCAGCUAUGAAGCAGGAGCACAAGACACGCCUGAAAGACAAAGAUGAAAAGUACGACCUGUUGAAGGCACUUUCCCUUUAUAAUACACAACAACACAGGAAGGAGAUCAAUGAUUUUGUGAGAUGUGUGAGUAAAAACAGUAAAAACCUGAAAACCAUCAAAGACCUGUUGACAACACAUGAAAACCGAAUGAAGAAGGCAACAGAUGAAGCAGAAAAAGAAAACCUGCAGAUGAUUCACCAAAGAGAAAUGAGUGACAUGAUAGAAGAUCUUCUGAUUGAAACUGAGACAAAAUCUUUUUGUGGCAUUAUGUGAGAUAAACAUUUUUUAUUUGAAACUAAACGUUUGGAAGUGGUCAGAUUACAUUUAAAACGUGUCUCUCAUUGACUUUUGAUAUUGACUUGAUUUAUUUAAACACCACAAGCUGAUGUGAAAUCAGUAAAGACUGUUGAGCUGAAGAGCUGAUUUUUUAAGUUGUUGUUUAUGGUCCAAACAUUAUCUGCUGGACAAAUCUUGCGUUUUGUUGUGGACAUGCCACAGCACAGUUAAAGCAUGUUUGAAUUUGGUCUGUGGACAUGACCUAGAGGCCCAGGGAUAAAGAGAAGAAGGACGUGUGGGAGCUGAGUCCUCAGGACCUGAAGGAGAUCAUGGAGGAGCUGCCUGCGUUGUCUGGAAAAGCUCCGGAGACGGUGAUGGAGGAGUCGUUCAGGUGAGAGGCACAUCCACAUCCAGCUGUUGGUGAUGGAGACGUCCAGGAGCUGAGUCAGAGAUGUGGAGGAAGACGCUUUAUUCUCAACCUCAGGGACAAGCAGCAGAUCCCUGAGCUGAUGGAAGCUGUGGAGAAGAUAAGACAGUUAAAGGAUCCAGAUGCUUCACCAAGGACUAGUUCACCAGAGCUCAGGUGGAGAAAGUCACAAACCUGAGCUGCAGGAUCUGAAAAAGAAGCUGCAACGUGAAGCACAACAACAGACACGAGAGCAUCUCCAGAUGGUUGUGAUAGAGCGCGACUGGAAACACUCUGCUGGCCUUAACAGAUUUUACAUUAAAAUCUAGUCAGAAGGAAGUGAUCAAGGAGGAUUGAGGAGAAAUCGAUGGACGAGAGUGGAGCAAGAAACUGGAAGCUUUGAAAAAAAGACAAGGAAGGAAAAGGAUCAAAGGAAAGUGUUGAUGAAACUGGAGCAAAGUAGAGAAGAGAUGAGGAAGCAGCGAGGGAAGUGGGAGCAACGAAGUGCGAGUUCAGUGCUCUUCACUUGGUUCCUGGUUAAUCUUGUUACUGAUGCUUUUUCACCACAUCUGUGAUCAGGUUCACAGGUUUUCAGUUAAUAACUGAUCAUUUUAGAUUUAAUCAACCAUGUUCAUCAAUCUGCUACUGUAUAUCCAAAUUCUUUCUAUUGUACUGUACAGCGUCCACAAGUCCAUGAAUCCACAUUUUACAUAUUGGACAGGAGGUGAUGUUAAGUCUUCGUCGACCAUCGAUACACUUAGGUGACACAACCUGAAUCUUAUCAUGAUCCUACUCCAUCUAUCAGUAACUAGACCCAGAGACUGUCUUCAAGCCUCUCUCCUCAGGCUCCAUCAAGCACCAACGAUAACAGUUGUAAGAUCUGCAUGCGGACGCAAUAAAGAAAGAGAAGACUUUCCGUUGGACCCAAAGUUCUGAAUUGGACACCAGAACCUUCAGGCAUCACGAAACUGACAUUGUUGUGUUUAGUGGACAAUACACUUUCAUUUGAAGUGACUUUGGACUUUGUGCGAUCUUUAUUAAUAAUUAACUUACUGAUGUUAUGAUUGGAGCAAUCCUUUGGUAAAAAGAUGUAAAAGAUUUAAAUAAUUGUUACAUGUUUAUUGUGUUAUGAUGUAAUGAAACUCUGAGCUUCAUGGAAAAAGGAAAGUAUAGUUUAGUCCAAAUUUAGGAUUAUUUUAAAUAGGAUAGUUUAACAAAAUAGGCAAGAGGCGGAACUUCUUCCUGUGUCUUCAGUUCAGUGACGCCCGAGGUAUUUAGUGAGUGGAAAACUUUAUUCCAGUCAAAUUCCACCUUCUUGGCAACUUCCUUAACUUCCUCUCUUUAAUCUUAGUCAAACUUUCUUUAUCUUUUCUUAAUUUUUGUAACUCUUUGUAGAUCUUUAUCCAAUAACUGUGAUUGUUAUUACGCAUUUUUAUUGAAGUAGUCUAAAGUUAACAACUUCGGUUCCAGUCAUUUUUACCUCUUGCUGAAAACUGACCUCACAUGUAAAGCUUCCUACUGCUUUGAACAGGCAGGAUUAAUGUCUCUCUCGACUUCACUGAGAAUGCUGGCGUUUCCUCCAAGCGCUAAAGAAAACUUCCAGAUUCACUAAUAACUUUUAGGGAUCUAGAGGUUAGGAACGAAUGCUCUUAUCUCCUGCCCAAAUUCAUCACACUCUUAGGUAUUAGGUUAAUUCAUCUGUUCAUUUAAAGUGUUCAUUUCCAUCGUCACACACACAGUUUCAUCAAGAUCUUUUUAUCUGUUUAUUCAUUCCUGGUUUCAUAUUUACUGUUCAUUCUUUAAUUUUUGUAUCUGCAUAUUUUCAUAUCCAUUUGUUGAUAUAUUCUGUAGUAUUAGUAUAAUAAAAUAUUAAAAAGA